GUGCUCUCAGCGACUGAAGCUGGGCGCAGGGGAAAUGCAACCGCCGCGCCAAACAUCUUCCAGGGAUGGCCUCUGCUGAGCAGUUGUGCUCCGGUUUCUACCACCAGCACUGCGCAUAAGGAACAACAUAAACACCUUCGCCCUCCUGCUGCCAAGACAGACACACACCACCAUGUACAGCGUGGACGACCUCCUCAUUUCUCACGGAUACAAACUGCCCAAGACAAGCGUCCCCUGCCCCUCUUCAACUUCAUCCGCCACCGCGCCUUACGAGAAGCAGCGCCACGCCGCCGCCGAUUGCCACCGCGAAAUCCCAGCAGCAGAGAACCAGAGAUCUGGUCGUGGUGGAUCACUGAACGGGAAUGAACAGGCGGGAGACAGGGGGGCCUGCGUCUUCAGCAGCAGCAGGCAGGCACUACUGGCGAAGGGCUACCCCGGCAGCUGUGACAAUGAGAGCGGCGGGGAAAGGAACCAAAGGAGAAAAGAAGCUGUCAGCGGUAACCUAGGUGACAACCUAGCACAGCCCCUGGGCGAUUCUCUCGCCACGGAUAGCGGGUUCUAUGACGCGCCCAGCUUAACCUAUUUUGAGCAGAUCGAGAGAAGAGAGCAGUUGGAUGAGAGGGAUGUCUCCUACUGGAGGAGGAGAGGCCAGGACUUCAGCGUCCUCCUGGAUUACGCAGACGGCCGGGAGCUGAGAGCAUCCGCUGGCUUUCUGAAGGCCUCGGAGGCGGCAUGGCGACCACAGGCCCUGAUCGCAGAGGACCAUAGGGGAGAGAGGGAGAAGCUGCAGAAGCAGCAGAAGCAGCUAUGGGAAGACACCUCCAUCUCCUGGCUGAGAGAGGCCGAUGCGGCUCCUAGACAGUUGAGGGUAGUGACUGGGGUGACUGGGGAGCGGAAGUGCCAGAGCCUGGGCACAGAGGAGUGGAAGCCUGCGGUGGGGCUGGGGAGGCAGCUGUCGGAUGGGGAAGGCGAGAGGUGGGCUCAGGAGCAGCAGCACCGCCUGAGGACUCCAGAGAGCACUGGUUCUAUCCUCCCCAGAACCAGAGGGAUGUCCCAGUCCCUCCCCAGAGUGCUGUCACCUGAUGGAGCUACUGAACACACAAACACACAGUCCAGUUUGGUCAGUGUCCAGCUUCGACCAGGCCAGGUUGAUAGACAGAGAGUGAACAGCACCGUAUUUUCCGGGCCUUAUAGUCGGUAUUACCACAGUGCCGCAGUCAGCAGGGACCGGUGGGCCAGGAACAGUUGGCAAAGCGUCGGACAUGUUGCACUUUUACCAAAGCCCAGGUUCAGCAGGCCUGUCAAGCCUCCAUCAUACGAAAUACACCAGCAGACUAGGGGUAGCCAAGAGAUGCUCGCUGUAGCUGUAGUAGAUCAGCAGGGAGGGUCCAAACAACGGAAAGACACCAGGCCUGUCUAUUACCCACGGGGUGGAGAAUUGCAAAGACAAGACUAUUUCGCACAACACUCUGCUAUCUUUGGCAUGGAGCCCCCCGGUUAUAUCCCGCCCCCGUCUUAUAAGAGAGCCCUGCCCCCAAUUAGGGGAGGACCAAUCAACCGCAACGAAGUGGCAAACUAUAAGUGGAGGGGGGAGAUGAAGAUACAGAUGCACAUGCCUAUGAGCUCAGAGGUGGGAAAGUGGUUUUCCGGACAGACAAGAGGGUCGUGGCUGGAACACUACGGGGAUCGAGGUAUACCCUACAGGAAACAGGUUAACGCUAACCCAAACCUUAACCCUGGAUACACCGAGGAGCAUCUGGGUCAUGUUCACUAUUUACCCUUUGAUGAUCUGCGAGUGAGACAUGUCUCAGGAGGGCCUGGCGGAAAUUCUCUUACUGACACUGACAAGUUUAUCCGAAACAUGAAGAAAGAGACUCCCUGCUCUAAGGUUUUAGGACAAUCUACACAUGAUAGUGCCUUUCCCCCCCCACAGGGGGUCUCUCUCAGUAACGCCUGCCGCAAGACAUCUCUCAAUGACAACGAUGGUGGUAGUAGUACUAGAUGGUGCAACAGGGGUUUAAUAAACAAAGGAAGUGUAGACAGUGUAGCUCCUGAUCAGAGCUGUGGUAACUAUCCAACAGCUUUUCACAUUAGACCUCCUCAGCAACUGAUCAGGCAUGUGGACCAAGGUCAAGGUGUGUCAGAAACUGUAACUCAAGUGACAACGUCAGUCAAUGAGCCUGACUCCACAGAGAAAGAGAAACCAAGAAAAAGUGACUCAGAGAAACCAGAAAAAAAUGAGAAAAAGAGUGUAAAAAAAAAACUUAGUGAGACAAUAUUCUGUUUGGUGUCUGUUCCCAUCCCUCUAACGCCGGGUGGUACGUCCCGUGAUCAAAACAACAACGACGACGAGAAGCCACCAAGCCCAGUCCGGCCACCAAGCCCAGUGGACAGUCCGAGUGAGAACAAAACGGGCCACUUAACAAACCAAAGUUUCCAAAGCACAUCUUCAGCAGAGGCUGAGCUGCAAGCACUAACCGGUAGCAUAGCGAGCAGCAGAUCAAGCAGCAAAAUAGUGAGAAAACUCCCUAUUAAACCCCCCAAAAUAAACCAUCACAAGGAGCUCAAACUCUCAGGUGCCUGGCCUGGGAACCAAUACCGGGACCAGGAGACCCAAACGAGCCCAGAAGCCCGAAAGCCUCAGCAUCCCCCUCCUCCAGGCACUGAAAACAAGGAAGCACAAGACCCUCAAGUCCCUGCCCCAGGCUCCUCUGACGUCAUCACCCAAGAUCCCAGCGGUGUGGGCAAUACUGCAUUCAGCUGUCCUAUAAAAGGGGUGAAGAGCCUGAAACCAUCCAGCAACAGCGCCUUUUCCAGGACGGCCACUUUCUCCAUUUCCAGCCAGCUGAACAAGAGCACAGCUCAGCCGCCAGCAGCAGCACCAACACCACCCUCAGGAAACACGACGGAGGAGGCCAAACCAGCAGCAACCUGCAGUGGGCAGGAAGCCUUCGGUCAGUUCCUGCUGAAGCCCGUCAGCAGGCGGCCAUGGGACGCCAUCGAGGAGCUGGAGACUAUCAACAAAGAGUUCCAGGAUCAGCAGCAGAAGCAACAGCAGAGCAGCAAGAGACCCAGUGUUGACCAGUGCAUUGAGGACCUCAACGAGGCCUACAAAGACAUUCUAGAGCUAGGCACUGCCAGCAAUAACAUUUCCAACAAUAGCGGUGCUGUGCAGAUCCCUGAGCGGAUCAAGAUAAGGCUGGCGGGGGAGGCGGGGCUCAGCAAGCCCAGCAGCCUUAGGCGCAGUAUCGAGAGCUGGUCUGUGUCCGUCGACCCGGAGUACAGGGAGCUUAAGAGCGCCUUCUCCAGACCCGCUGAAAGAAAAUCUGUGACUUUCAGCAAGCAGCUAAAAGAGGAUCUCCCUGUCCCACCACGCAAGCCUACAGGAUUCAGAGAAUACAGGGUUGUUUCGAAUUUGUCACGGAGAAGUAGCUGCAGUGGCAGGUCGGUGAAGCUAGACCUCUCUUCGCCUUCGGAGACACCACCGCCUUGUGACUUUACCGCCCCUAGUGACUUUAUUGACUCUCCUAGGGAUCCCAGCGAGAUCAGAGACUUAAGCCCAACGACGCCAACGACGCACACGGCAGCAGAAGUCCCCUGGGCAGAUAGGCAGCCGAUGCAGGACGCCUCCACACUUACGAGUCCCCCUGACUAUGAGGACAUAUGUCAGUCUUUGCAAAAGACCCGAGACUCAGAGGUUAACAAAACGUUCACCGCCAUAUCCAAACCUGGUGGUGGUAGCUGCGAUACAGAGCCUCUAGGGGGUGCCUGUUCAGACUCUGCAGAGGAAUGCCCCAUUUGUAAAAGAGAGAGCGAGAGCCAGAUGUCCAGACCAAGUCCAAUGUCUCCGCUCCACGAGGAAUCAAGCCCAGACUUAUCCGAUCAAAGUAGCGCGACGAUUGUUGGCGACCGUGACAGUCAACAAGGAGCUGAAACAUCUGAAGAACCAGCUGAAGGCGAAGGAGACACGAAGGUAUCCUCUGCUCUGGCAGUGGCAGAGGACAUUGGCAAUCUAUACAAACUUAAAUGUGCUGAGGGCAUUCCAGAGAACGAAUCCAUAGAGGAGAGGGCAGCCAGGAUAUUAAGGAUUGAUGUACCUGCAGAGUCUUUAGUCACAGGGGAGCAGCGGGUUAGCGAGACGGCAACAGAGAGUAAACCCGCUGCUAGUGAAGAUACAGAAAGCAGCAGUGCAAACGAACAGACAGUGCAAACACAUGCGAGAGAUCCAGAUUCUGAGGAACUAGACUCUGGAACGGUAUCUACAGUGCCUCCUGACGGGCAGGAGGCAAAAGAAAAGGAGCCACCACAGGAUAACCCAGAGUACAUCAGGAGUGCCAAAUGGACCCAUCUGGGUCGAGAAACUCCAGGUAUGCAGGAGUUUCCCCCAGACAGACUACCGCUUUCGGUCCCCAUCAACCCUGACCUUAAGCUGUCCCACAGUCUGGAGGGAGAGAUGAGGGGCAGAGGACCCUUGCAGCGCGUAGAGGCCCUGCAGGAUAAGCUGGCUGCAUCGCCCAGCCACCGGGUGGCGGUAGAGCGCCGGGCAUGGAUGAAGGAAGUGGACUCAGUGUCGCGCAUGAGACGGCUCAGCAUCAGGAGCACAGACUCUGGGGAGGAGGGGGCAGAGACGGAGGGGGAGAGCAAGCGUGGCGGUGGGCAAGUGGAAGUGCUCUCCCUACCUGCUUCCUCCCAGAGUGAUACUGUGGAAGAUAGAGAGGCCUCUGAAGACACAGUGUUGCAAGAUGAGGAGGUGUCAUCCCUCUCAGAGGCCUACGACCCAAGCGGAGUGGAGAAAGUGUAGAGAGACUGAGACGCCCAUCAUCUUUUUCCAUCGGAGGUUUUAGAUCCCUCCAACACUGUGACCUGGCUGCCCACUAGAAUGCCUUCAUCUUAUCCCAACACAGAAAUGGCCUUCUUCUCCGACAAGAGCAUUGUGUACACCCUCACCCUCGGCGUUGUUGAGUACUAAGAGUACCAAGUGUUCCACUGCCAAAAGGGAGGUGUUCCCCCACCUAGGGGUAGCUUCCAACUAACCCCCCUCCUCCCCUUUAUCUCCCCUCAACCCAUCCUCUAAUUGGGGUUCUACUAGGAUGCGGCCCAAAUGGCACCCUACUUCCUAUGUAGUGCACGACUUUUGUAACCCUACUUCCAAUGUAGUGCACUACUUUUGACCAGGGCCCUUUUUGACCAGGGCCCAGAAAGUAGUGCACUACAUAGGGAAUAGGGUGCCAUUUCGGACUGAAUUCCUAGGCUUCUGGUAGUGGCUUGUCCUUUCUCCUUUCUUAUUCUACCCUCCCAGAUGCUUUUCAUUGGCAGACAUUAUGCAAUUCUGUCAAGCGUAUAACAACUUCAAAUAUGUUGAAAUCGAAUACCGUUAGUUGACUCAUCGUUAACAUGCUGUAUGAUUCUGUUUGUUUAUGGGCGAGCUGUUUAGAUAUAAAUGUAAGUACUUACGUUUUACACAACAAGGACACAUAGGGAGAAUAUUCAUCAUAAAAGCUGUUCCGUUACAUUCAGUGUCGAUUACACCAAAAUAGUUACAUUUUAUUGUUAUUAUGGAGAGUUGAGAAGAAAUAUAUUAUAUUGGACGUCAAUGUCUUUGGCUCGAGAAACUGUUUUCAUUUUCAGAUUAAUCGAUCAAUCGAUCAGUCUAUUAUUCUUUUUGAUACACUGUGGCCUGUCUGUCUCGUCGCUUUCCCGCACACUGUAAUCAUAACCCAUAAAGCUCUUCAAUGAAGAGUCACUCUAUACCUACUUUGUGGCAUAAUGGUAAAUCAGUGAUAUGUAUUCUGAGGCAUUGGUUCUUCUACAUUAUGGGGGGAAGGGAGUUGACUAGCCUGUGUGAAAGUCUGUUUGUGCUAUCAUGUCAACUCCUUGUCACUCAUUGGCUUUCAGGGUUGGGAUCAAUUCCAUUUCAAUUCCAGUCUAUUCAGAAAGUAAACAACAUUUCCUAAUUAAAAAUGAUUUCAGUGUACUUCCUGAAUUGACUGGAAUUGAAAAGAAAUUGACCCCAACCCUGUUGGAUUGACAAUGAGCAUUGGACUUGUCAAGAGCACAAACAAAUCUAGGACCAGGCUAGGAGUUGCCAUCUGUAUCCAUAAAUGUGCAUUUAUAAGCUGGGUCAGGAUAUAUAAGAUCAUUCUGGGUAGUCAACGUAAAUGUUGUAAAAAAUCUGGUGUAUAGCUCGAUUUCCCAGGUCGUUUCAGGAAGCAAUAAUGGCAUGGAGUGUGGCAGUUUAAGUUGUAAACAAGAAUUAUAUGGACAAGAUAGAGCAAUAUUGUCAUACAAACAGCUGUGGCUUAGUCAGUGGAGCUGGGAAACAUUGUCAGGAAUCUUGUUGUGUACGUACCCAAAUGGCACCCUAUUCCCUAUAUAGUGCACUACUUUUGACCAGAGCCCCAUGAGUCAUGGUCAAGAGUAGUGCACAAAAUAGUCAAUGGGUUGCCAUUUGGGAUGUAACACUUUAACAAGUCAUCGUUUUAAUCUUCGUUUUAAAAUGUGUCAGAAUUGACUGGGUGUAGGUGGGUGCUUAUUUCAUUGGAAAUAUCAGUGGCCAUACUUGUGUAUCAUGUGAAGAGACUACGGCCAUGUCUGACAUGGCACUCUAUUCACUAUAUAGUGYACUACCUUCGACCAGGGCCUAUAGAGCUCUGGUAAAAAGUAGUGCAAUAUAUAGGGAAUAGGGUGCCAUUUUAGACGCAGCCUACAUUUCACUGAAUAUGUAUUUUUGUUAUCAUUGAAUUGUUAACCAGUUUGCAUAAUGUACAAAAUAAAGUAUAUUUUAACUAUUUUAA